AUGGCGUCAUUGAAGUUUGCGCCAUUUGCGUCUGAGAUAGAACUACCUUUCUACUCGGCUUUCUUUGCCUCCAAGUUGGACCAUGACAAGCUCAGCGAUUCAGCCCGACCAGUCUUGGGGCUCUACGAGCCCCGCCCGGGCACAGCUCCUGACGACAGCGUAAAGAUGCAGGUGUUGGCCAGUGCCCUGACUAGUAAUCAUGUGCCCCUCAACGCCGUUCGAGCCGAAGGUAUUAUCAGAAAUACAAACACCUUGGAGGCCUUUAAGCAAGUCGACAAGAAUGAGAUGUUACAGAAUGCUGCACGUCAGAUAUGGGAUGCGAUCAAAGACGGCACCAUAUAUUCCGUUCCCUCGCUUCUCUCCCACUACAUCAUACUCUCCUACGCAGACCUCAAGAAGUACCGAAUGACAUACUGGUUUGCAUUUCCGACCCUACAUUCCGAUCCGCAGUGGAAGCGUACAGGAGAUAUUAUCCGGUUUACCGCCGACGAGGCUACUGCGUUGGUAGACCGUGUAGGAACUUGGCGAUACACAGUUGACAAUAGAGAGCAUGGCUUCUUUUUGGUCAAGAAGAUAAGAGGAAAAAAGGCAUCCAGCUCUCAGUCUCCUCUGGAUAUAACAACAGAAGACAUCGGAUACAGUUGGGAGGUUGGCUCGCUUCGCGAAUUCGAGACGGGAUUCUUUCGUGGUGUGCCCAACGAAGACAAAUUUGUCGCAUUCAUCGACCCGUCUACGUACGAAGAGCAUCCAGCGUGGCCCCUCAGAAACUUAUUAGUCCUAGUGAGACAACGAUUCCACCUGACCAAUGUCCAAAUCCUUUGUUACCGAGACAUACAAUCCCGCAGGCAUGAAGCUCGCAGCAUAGUCCUCCCUCUUACUAUGGAUGAGGUGGAGAAUGUCGAAACAGACGAGAUGCCAAAGAUUACUGGUUGGGAACGAAACCCUGCAGGCAAGUUAAUGGCCAGAUCCGUAAGCCUAGCAGAAUCGAUGGACCCUACUCGAUUAGCAGACCAAUCAGUUGAUCUCAAUCUCAAACUCAUGAAGUGGCGAAUUUCGCCAGAUCUAAAUCUCGAUAUAAUUAAGAAUACCAAGUGCCUUCUACUCGGUGCUGGUACACUUGGAAGUUACAUUUCAAGGAACCUCAUGGGGUGGGGCGUACGCAAGAUUACAUUUGUUGACUAUGGUGCUGUAUCCUUCUCGAAUCCAGUGAGACAACCACUAUUCAACUACAACGACUGCUUGAAAGGGGGAGCCCCAAAGGCAACUCGAGCUGCGGAGGUGCUCAAGGAGAUUUAUCCGGGUGUUAACAGCGAGGGCCAUGUUCUCUCGGUCCCAAUGUUAGGCCAUCCUAUUGAAGGGAAAACCCAGGGCGAUUUUGAAAAGUUGAAGUCCCUUAUUGAUGAACACGACGCCAUAUUCCUAUUGAUGGACAGUAGAGAGUCACGAUGGCUUCCUACCGUAAUGGGAAAGGCGGCUGGAAAGAUUGUCAUGAACGCCGCCCUUGGAUUUGAUACGUACGUAGUCAUGCGACAUGGCGCGGAGCCCACAGAUGGUAGCGAGGAUACGUUGGGCUGCUACUUCUGCAAUGAUGUAGUCGCUCCUGGAGACUCCCAGAAAGACCUGACUCUUGAUCAGCAGUGCACUGUAACCCGACCUGGUAUCGCGGCUAUUGCGUCGGCCCUUCUCGUUGAGCUCUUGACAAGCCUGCUCCAACAUCCCCUACGUCAGCACGCACCAGCCCCCACAACUGGUCCUUCGACAGGAGUUUUCGACAGCAAUUCCCAGGAUGAGCAGGCUCUUGGUAUAGUUCCACAUCAAAUUCGCGGAUUUUUGAAUAAGUUUCAGAGUCUCGUUAUCAAAGGCCAUUCGUACCCAUACUGCAGUGCGUGCAGCAAGCCGAUUAUUUCGGCAUAUAGAGAUCAGGGGUGGGAGUUCGUGAAGCGUGCCCUCGAAGAUAAGGAAUACGUAGUAGAUCUCAGUGGUCUGGCAGAAGUGCAGAGAAAAGCUGAGGCAAUGGCUAACGAACUGGAUUGGGAAGAGGACGAAGACGGCGAGAAGGAGGGCGAUGACGAAGGAGUUCUCCUUUAG